AUGGCACCUCGUGCAUUGAAGAAUUAUCGUGUCUACAUCCUCACAGCAGUAGCCUACCUAGGCUCCUUGCUUUUCGGAUAUGACACGGGAGUCAUGAGCUCCGUCCUAGCCAUGGACAGCUUCAAGAAAGACUUCGGCCUCCCAACCUCCAAAACUGGAUUCUCCUCAACCAAAAACGCCCAAGUCUCAUCAAACGUCGUCAGUCUCCUCACAGCUGGAUGUUUCUUCGGUUCCAUCUUUGCAGCCUACAUCAAUGACCGUAUCGGUCGUCGCUAUUCGCUCAUGAUCUUCUGUUCGGUCUUCCUGGUUGGUGCCGCCAUUCAAGUCGGUGCUCAUCACGAAAUCGGCAUGAUUUACGGAGGUCGUGUCAUUGCCGGUCUCGGCAUUGGUGGCAUGUCAAGUAUCACUCCUGUAUUCGUGAGCGAGAACUGCCCGCCGCAGCACAGAGGCCGCAUCGCGGGUAUGUUCCAGGAGUUCCUCGUGAUCGGUAGUACCUUUGCCUACUGGCUUGAUUACGGUGUUGCUCUGCACAUUCCAGAGAGCACCCGCCAGUGGCGGAUUCCCGUGGCCAUCCAGCUCGUCCCUGGUGGACUGAUGCUUAUCGGUCUCUUUUUCCUUAAAGAAUCUCCUCGCUGGCUGAUGAAGCAAGGUCGUCAGGAUGAGGCACUUCAUGCGUUGGCGUAUAUUCGCAAUGAGCCCGAGGACAGCGAGGAGGUGCAGAAGGAAUUGGCGGAGAUUUAUACUGCCGUUGAUGAGGAGCUUCAGGCUACCGAAGGUGUUACCUGGAAGGAGUGCUUGAAGAAGAGCAACCGCUACCGCUUCUUCCUGGGGUCUACCAUCAUGUUCUGGCAGCAGUUCUCGGGAACGAACAGUAUUGGAUACUACGCUCCUCAGAUCUUCGAGUCAAUUGGUAUUAGCUCGACCCACUCGUCGCUCUUUGCCACGGGUAUCUAUGGCACUGUCAAGGUUGUCGCGACGGCCAUCUUCCUGUUUGUUGGAAUUGACCGAUGGGGCCGAAAGAACAGUUUGAUUGGUGGUGCUAUUUGGAUGGCUUCCAUGAUGUUUAUUAUUGGUGCUGUCUUGGCUACACACCCUCCCGACGCUGAUGCGACCAGCGUUUCUUCUGCUUCUAUUGCCAUGGUUACUAUGAUCUACCUUUACGUUAUUGGCUACUCCUUCUCAUGGGGUCCUACACCCUGGGUGUACUUGGGCGAGAUCUUCCCCACUCGACUUCGUUCAUACGGAGUCGGUCUCGGUGCUGCUGUCCAGUGGCUAUUCAACUUUGUUAUCACCGAAGUCACUCCUCGUGCUAUCAACAGUAUUGGCUGGAGAACCUUCCUCAUGUUCGCUAUCUUCUGUACCGCCAUGGGAAUCUUUGUCUUUAUUUUCCUCAGAGAGACCAAGGGUCGCACCCUCGAGGAGAUGGACCUUGUCUUCGGUGCCGUCGACGAGAUGCAGCGAAAGGCAGAUGUGGAGCAGACCCUCCACAAGACUGACUUUGGUCACACUGAACACGUGGAAGAGCAUGUAGAGCAAGCGAAGGAACACGUGGAAGGGAAGUAA